GACUAGAUCAUUUCCGGGAUUGGUUCAUUCUAAUCGCGAGCCCUACCAGGAAAGAAGCCUCAGCUGACAGCGGUGUUCGGGCGCCGCAUAUAUUUCAGAUUGUAGACAGAUGUCAACUAAGAGGAACAACAGAUUUAAACGAGACGUGUUUUACUCUUUGCGACACUUGGGACGCACGCACACCGAACAGUAAAACGGUGAUAUGUGGUAGCAGGCAGCACUAUGCCAUACGUGGACAGGCAGAACCGUGUGUGUGGCUUCCUGGAUAUUGAGGAGAAGGAGGGCAGCAGUCGCUUCCAGAGACGCUACUUCAUACUGGACACACAGGGCAACACACUGCAGUGGUACAUGGACAACCCCCAGAACCUGCCUAGUGGAGCGAACGCAGUUGGGAUUCUGCAGCUGACAUACAUCUCCAAGGUGAGCGAGGCCACGGGGAAACAGAAGUCCAAGACUGAGUUCUGCUUUGUGAUCAAUGCAGUGUCUCGGCGUUAUUUCCUCCAUGCCAACGAUGCUGCUGACCUGAAAGACUGGGUCCUCGCUCUGAACAAAGCUACCAAGAUCACUGUCCCUAAAGCAGGGCCUCUCCAGCCCAGAUCAGAGGUUUCUACAGUAACCGGUGAGGCAGGGGGUAAGAGGCUGGCCUACAAGACUGAGAUCAUCGGGGGAGUGGUGGUACACACACCCAUCUACCAGAAUGAGGGGGGAGAAAUGGAGGUAGGGGACAGGAGGGUCUCCUCUGUAGGCAGUAGACCAGGUGUACUGAGGUGUGGCUAUUGUGUCAAACAGGGUAACGUGAGGAAAAGCUGGAAGAGACGUUUCUUCACACUGGACCACAACGCUGUCAGUUACUACAAGUGUGAGAUGGAUAAGGAGCCCCUGAGAACUGUUUCUCUGAGAGACAUUCAGAAGGUCCAUGAGUGUCUGGUGAAAUCUGGGGACCUGCUGAUGAGAGAUAACCUGUUUGAAAUCAUCACCAGCUCCAGGGUCUUCUACGUCCAGACAGACACUCCAGAGGACAUGCAGGGCUGGAUCAGAGACAUUGAGUUGAAGAUACAGGAUUUCAGAGGCCCUGCCAAGGGUUCUGCAUUUACGUUUGCCUCCUCACUGUAUCGCCAUGGUAACUCCUCCCACCCACCCUCUGUGUUCCGUGGUCGCCAGGGAGAUGACAGGAGACCCCCACUAGUGAAGUCGUGUUCCGUGGCCCCGGGGUGGCAGCCCUGGACCCCCGUACCCCAAAGAGAGGCUCCCGCUCUGGGCACACUGGACAAGGACAGUCACUUUAGCAAUCUGCCCUCCAGUCUUUCCUCUCGCUCCACCUCUUCCUCCACCUCCUCAUCUUCAUCCUCCCCCUCCACUCCCACUCUCAUCCCACAGGGGGUCCCAGCUCCAGCCCUAGCCAGUGGUGUGGGGGUCCCAGCCUGCUCUGGCCCCAUAGCUCCAGACCCCUCCAGCAGCCGGAGGAGACACCGCUCUCAGCCUCAGCCCCCCAAAGGCCGCAGCUUCCCUUUCAGCCUGGACGAUGAUGGCAUCCGCACCACCGACGUCUAGAAGCAUCACUUCUAGAAUCAACAAAACUCUGGAUCCAACAAUAUAUAGAACCACCAUCUAGAACCAAUGUGUAGACAGACAAACAAUGACACUUGUUUGAGUGCUUUCUACCAUUGAAAGACUGAACCUCCCUCCCCCACCCCCUUCUCCUCUGCUCUAAGAGUUUCACAGGCCUGCUGCUGAAGCUACGUCUGCUGUGGGUCUGUUUGCGGAGGUAGCCCUGGUGGGGGAGGGUAGUGAUGUAAACUGGGGUUCCUGGAUGCGUUCUCUCACUGAGGGGUGUGUCAGUAGUGGCUGUGGGCUUUUGGUAUAGAGGGUGAUUCGGAGAGAGCAGUCUUGGGCAGACUGGGAGGGGUUAUCAGUAUUAGAGUGUCUGGUGGAAUGUGAAGGAUAUGUUAUUUUAUUGUACGAUUUCCUCUUUAAACUUGAAUGUAGUCCACCCAGGUACUGAGAUGAAGGAAGGUGGAUGCUGUGGUGGAGCCUGGUCUGUCUACCGAACACCCUCCACUAGUCUAAGUCAGCUGGUCUUUUGCUUGUAUUAACCAAGGCUACGUCCCAAUUGGCACCCACUAUGGGUCCUGGUCAAAAGUAGUACACUAUAUAAUGAAUAUGGUGCCACUGCCAAUUGGGACCAAACCCAACAUGUCUGUGGCUCUGCCUGUAGACAGUCCUGCUCCCUUGUUAGACUGCAUCCAAUUGCGUCAAAUCGCUACAUCAGCAGCACAUUUUGUAUAUACACUUUUAGCGUAUUUCUGCACAUUGUUCCACAAGCCUGGAUUCUCUUGCUCAAAUGCAAAUGAUCUACUAUGGUAUUGUGUCAUGUCACAUGUUGUGUUUUGCCUGCCUGCACCUCACCGACCCAGGUCCAGGUGUGCUUUUCCCUUCUCUUUAAACUUAACCUGUCAUGUUUCUCAUUCUUUACAUAGACUCCUGUUAUAAAUCACAAACGUGUGUGUGUGUGUGUGUCAGACAUCGGUUCAAAUACUAUUUAAUGUAUUUGAAUUAAUUUUCAAUACAUUUGAAACAUGUAUUCAGGUAACCUUUAUUUGAAAAAAAAACAAGUAGUUGAAUAUUGGAAAGUAUUUGAAAAUACUCAAAUACACUCCCAUACAUUUAACCCAGUUAUUUGAAAAUAGUAUUUGAAAUAAGUAUUUUAAUAUACUUUUAAAAUACAAUUUGGUCGACUAUUUGUUUUAGUUUUUUUUUUACAUAUAACUCAAAUAAAAGUACCUGUUUUGGGCUGUGUAUUUGAAAACACUGAAAUACACAGAAAAAAAAGUAUUUAAAUAACAAAUGCUCAAAUACACAUGUAUUUGAACCCAGAGUGUGUGUGUGUAUCUGUGUGUUGAGUUUAUCAUGGUUGACUGGCUGGUCAAACAUAUUAGAGACAGGAUAAUGUUUGGCAUCUUUUAUUUCUGUAUAUGAUCUUUUAGCAUUUUGCAGUACUGUAAUUCCGGAAAGAGAAAGGUUAAAUGCUAAUGUCUGCUAUUUCUAAUGCAAUUUCAUGUAUUUUGCUCUUCUGGUUACUGUUUUCUCUGAUUAAUUCCUGUGGUACAGUAUUUCAGAUGUAAUGGACUGCCUUCUACCUCGUACCUGGUGUCCACUCACCUACCUGAUCAUAAUGGUGUUGUUGUUUUUUUUUACUUAUAAGCAAGUGUAUUAAAUAAUAAGACAAAAGCUUUUUA